UGUGACCAUUGGGGAUCGAGUUUGCGCGCAAAAUUGUCUGCCCGUGCAAAAGUGCAUUUUUGUUCCCGACUUGAAUCCUAUCGGACAUAAAACGCAUACCUCCUUAUUACCACCUACGCAUAUACGAAAAUACAAUACGACAAUCCGAAUCUCGUAGUGCACAAAUCUCUCCAUGGUGACAUGCAAAUUUGCGCACCCAUUUAAGAAGGUUUAAUGGACAACGUUAGCACUUCACAGAUAUUUCAUUCAAACAAACAGAUGAUUUACGAUGACGUGCCUUAAUUGAGUCGAAGGCAACAGAGAUUUCCUGUGAAGAUGUCUUACGAAUUGGUGGUUUUAUUUAUGCUCAUCGUUAGUUACAAAGCGGCUAAAAUUGAAGAUGAUAGAUCCGAAUGUAAUCAAUUCUCCAACUACUUGGAUAGACUUUUGUGCGAGGUGAGAGAGAAUUCGCAAUUGAAUAAACAUGUUGUUAAGAGGGAUUUGAAUGCUACUUAUUCGAUUAAUGAAACGAACAUUCGGAUCAUUGACGAGGAGGAGUACCUAAAGCAAAUUGAGGCUUUUAUAUACCCGAAAGUCUGGACGUGGGUGCUCAUAGGAUGCCAUGGACUGGUCUUCGUUGCUGGAUUAAUUGGAAACACGUUGGUUGUGGCUGCUAUAAGACGCAACCGCAGAAUGAGGACUUUUACUAAUUACCUGAUCGUUAAUUUGGCUGUGGCCGAUUUCUUGGUGCUCAUUCUAUGUCUACCACCUAGUGUCAUUUGGGACGUCACUCUUACAUGGUUCUUUGGCACUAUAGUGUGCAAAGUUGUCUUAUAUCUACAGACUGUUUCUGUAACUAUAUCAGUAUUAACACUGACUUUCAUCUCCGUGGACAGAUGGUAUGCAAUUUGCUCUCCGCUGGAAUUUAAAUCGACUACACGACGAGCCAGGACUGCAAUCCUUGUCAUCUGGAUUUCAUCUCUAAUAUUUGAUAUUCCCGAGUUGGUCGUGUAUUCCUCUCGCCCGAAUGCCAAUGUCGAAAUCGAGACAAUCUAUUUCACAGAUUGUGCGCCUUCGUGGUCGAAAGCGACGGAGACUAAAUGGGCCGGUCUCAAGUUCUUCCUGCUCUAUGCCAUCCCAUUAUGCUUUAUGACCUUCACUUACACCAAAAUCAUCAUGGCUUUAUGGCAGUCUGGCCACUCUCAUCAGAAAAUUAAAUCUGUGGAUAACAGCCGCUGCAAUUUUUCGAUGGCAUCAAAUAGCAGCACCAGAGCACAACUGAGGUCUCGCAAGAGUGCAGCCAAAAUGCUCGUCUCCGUUGUAGGAAUGUUCGCUAUCUGUUAUUUCCCUGUGCACUUACUCACCAUCCUCAGGUUGACGAAUGGUUUGCAGAAUUCUGACCUGAACCGUGUACUUUCGAUGCUGUCGCACUGGUUGUGUUAUGCCAACAGCGCCGUAAAUCCAAUUAUCUACAACUUCAUGAGCAGUAAGUGCUAAAAUUUUAUCGGCGCUAUAAAAGUUCAAUGCAAACGGAAACUUUACCGUUCCUGCUUAUAUACAAUUUGAAUAUCCUGCUUGGAAGUUACCUAACAAGCGUACUCGGCAAAAGAAACGGUGAACUUGGCAUUUUUUUUAAAUAAUUCAAGUAGGUGUACAUUGUACACAUUC